ACUACCCCGACGAAAAUACGCGUGGAACCCUGACAACGUAGUUUAAUUACCCAAAAGAAUGAGAAAACACCAGAAAACAAGAUAAAAAAAAAGAUGAUGACCCCGCUUGAAGAAACGAUAUCAACCCUCUGCCUCGAGAAAUACAAAGCCCUCAAGAAGACAGGAAAGCCCACCGACUCCGAGUGGACAGUUCUCGCAGGAUUCGUCCUCAAGAAAGGGGACAAGUGUUCUCUAGUCUCUCUGGCCACUGGCACCAAGUGCCUGGGCGCCAACGACCUCCGAAGCACCAAAUCGUACGCCUCAGGGGCUAGAUUGAGUGAUUCUCAUGCUGAGGUGCUGGCUCGACGUGCCCUCCUGCGAUACCUCUACGAACAGAUCGACGAAUUGCUUUCAUCAAAGAAGAAUCAUAUUUUUGUGCUGAAUGACGAGUGGAGGAUCGAGUUCAGGGGAGAUGUUUCUUUUCAUUUUUACUGCAGUCAGACUCCCUGUGGGGAUUGCUCAAUCAUCUUCAAGGAAGAAGAGUCCCCUCGUCCUAAAAUUCCUAAACUCGACGAUGAUUUUGAUUCAAAGAAGAAUGGCAGAAUGGUCUUUGAUGUCUUCAGGACUGGAGCGAAAUGUGUUGAGGACUCGGUGCAGGAUUUAAAACUUCCUGGGGUGAAUUAUCACGUUUUAGGGCCUCUCAGGACGAAACCUGGGCGGGGAGAUCCCACCCUGAGCCUCUCCUGCUCCGAUAAACUGGCGAAGUGGAAUGUUCUGGGGGUGCAAGGGGCUCUGCUCUCGCUUUUAAUCCCAAACGUCAGGAUUCAGACCGUCGUCAUUGGGGGAGAGUGUCCCUUCUCGCUGGAGAGCAUGGAGAGGGGCAUAUUCAGACGUUUUAAUUCUGGAAUUAAGGGUCCGAGGAUUGUCCAGGUGUCUGGAGGUUUUUCGUGUAAGAAAUCUGGGGCCAGGGGACACCCCUGCCCCUCCAGUGUCAUCUGGUGCGAUGUGACAGGGAGAAAUGUUGAGGUUUCCGUUGAAGGAAGGAAGCAGGGUGCAACUAAGAAUAAGAGAGGGAAUUUUCUCUUGAUAUCCAGACGAGGACUGUUCAAUAACUUCUUGAGGAUUGCUGAUAAACAUGAAUGUGGGAAAAUUCCACUGCACCCCAAGAAAAUCACUUAUCACGAUUUUAAAAACUAUUCUGCGAAAUAUCAGGAUUUGUGGCAGCACUACAAGUCGACGAUUUUCCAUUCGUGGCCUUCGAAACCCCUGGAUUUACAAAAAUUUUCGUUGUAAAAAGAAAAUUAACGUACGAUUAUCUUGUUUGGAAAUAUAUAAAUUUAUUUGCUAAAAACACAGAGGAAAUAUUUACAAAAUAAAUUGCGGGAUUGUUUAUAA